AGGCUUGCCCUUCCCUCGCAGCAAUAGCUUCCAGCGUACUUGCUUCAGUGAUGAACUUAAUUUUUAAUGCUGAAGCUCCUAAGAACCUGCCCAUGUGGUUUCUUGUGUGUCCGUCAGCGCAACGCAGCUGCCAUUUCCAGUAUCCACCCCGCGCCGGCGCCGCGCUCCUCCCCCGCUCGAACUGCUCGUCUACUAGCGGCGCCGCCCUCUCGCUCCCGGACACAACGAGCUCCGGCGGCCCCGGAAGAAGACCGAGGACUCCGAGGGGAGUGGAAGCCAGGGGCAGGGCCUGGCUGCGGGAGCCGGGGGACGACGGUCGGCGCUGACUUGCGCCGGAUAUCACAGGGCGCGCCACCUGUUCGACGGAAUGCACAAGAAGACAGCGGCGAGCGGCAAGUGUCACUUCGGCGACCUCACCGACGACCUCCUCCGGCACGUGCUGUCCUUUCUGCCUGCGGCUGAUGCUCUGCAGACUUGCGUGCUCGACACCCGAUGAUGAUAAUGAAGAAGAUGAUGAUAAUGACAUUGAGUAUGACCCACUAGUACUCGAUGUGCCUCUCAUCUCCCAGCACUUGAAGAUCCUACACCUUAAUCGGGUUGACCUAAAACGCUCCACUCUGAAUUUCUCGCGCUGCUCGGUAUUGGAGGAACUAGAGAUGCAAGAUUGCUACAUUGAUGCACGCAGGAUAUCUUCCAAAUCGCUAAAGCGUCUCUGCAUUACCGACUUUUGUUCCUUCCCUACGAAGUUUCACAUUCGGAUAUUUGCUCCGGGUCUUAUCUCACUGCAACUUGAUAAUUUUGAUGGCUUGACCCCUUCCCUUGAAUACAUGCCAUCUCUAGAAACAGCUUACAUUUGGCUUGACAAUGAUUGCUAUCAUUUGUGUCGUGGUAGCUGGCAGGACUAUGACCUUGAUGACUGCAGUUGUCAUGCUUAUCCCGUUGAUGAGGGUGUGCUUCUCCAUGGUUUGUCCAAUGCUGUUAAUUUGGAGUUGAUAGCUGAUAUUUACACUGACAUGUUUAUCUACAGCUGGGAUUUAAAAUACUGCCCAGUAUUUGACAAACUAGAGACCCUAUUAAUCAAUGAGUGGUUUACGACUAUUGACCUACUGUGCAUUCUCCAACACUCACCAAUUCUUGAGACGCUCACUCUUCAGCUUGGUGACACUAAGGAACUUGUUAGAGCAACGGGAGCACAAGAAAAGAUCGAACAAUCAUUUUUGUGCUCGAACCUUAAGGUUGUCAACAUUGAAUGUACAAAGGUUGAUGAGGGAGUUCACAAGAUUUUGAAGAUCUUGAGUACAUGUGGCAUACUUCGUGAUCAAAUUAGCAUCACGGAGCAAUGGCCUUACUCAGACCGUUUCAGUUUCCAGAAGCCUUUGCCGCUGCUUCCAUCUACUGCAGCAUUAGUUGCAGUUUCCACCAGCGACGACAUCUGAGAGCUGAGAUGCAAUGCGUGCUUGCGUGUGAUGUUGGUCUAAAGCCUUUUGUGGCUCUCUGAAUAAGAAUGCGAUGGUGGUCCUGGUGGCUGUUAUCGCCACUUUUAGUUUCUAGCUUUCUAUCUUUCGGUGAUGUGCUAGAAAAUGGUUUGUUGGCUGUGUGGUGCAACUCAGCAAAAUGUUUUGCAGUUCGUUGAAGUCGUAAGAGCAACUCCAAUGGGGCGACCCAUUUCGUGCGCCCGCGUCUGUUUGGGUUGGCGCGAACAAAAGUGGCGGCCCAACGCGCCGACCCAAACUCAAAUUGUGUCCGCCCGGCGUC